GUGUGCCGCAGAGAGGAAUAAAAAGAGCAAGAAAAGGGAGGAGUAGUCUUCACAUGCUGGCGCUAAGGCAUUACUUUAGCCUUCUGACCGCCUUGGCCGAGUCAUCUUUACUAUACUAGAGUCUUAACUAACUAGCAGUCUUCCUCACACGACCAUACCGUGCCUUCUCCUCUUUUCCUCUCGCGACGCCUCACAAUGGCUCAGAAAUAAAUAAUUACCCCAUGGAACGCUAGAACGCCAUGUACGACGCAUCGCGCCAGCACAAAACCAGGUCAUAUUACAAGGGACUUGCCAGGCAUCCCCAGCCCGUGAAUGGCGAAACAACAUGAACCGAGGACGUGCAUCUAUCUCUCUUCAUCUGCGGAGGCGGCGAUGUCUGGGAACUCGCGCAUACUCGUCGCAAUCCCAUCAGCCGCCUCCAUGGAGACCGGCUGUCGUUCUCGACGAAUGGGUUGAACGGGGUGUACGCCCUAUCAGUCUGCGCCAGUUGACUUUCUUCGGCCGGACCUUGACUGAGUCCCGUCUGAUCAGCUCUGCUAAUUAUGUGCGGACCGAGCUUCCCACGAGAUUAGCGCAUCGUUUGCGCGACAUGCAAAAAUUACCCUACGUUGUCGUUUCAAACCCACAUAUAUCUAUCGUCUACGAGCUAUAUUACAAAGCAUUUGAAAAAUUUAGAACGGUCCCGGAAAUUAGGACCCUGGAAGAUAAUGAUCACUAUUGUGACAUCUUACGAGAGACCCUCAAGGAACAUCUCACAGUCAUUCCCAAUCUGGCCAUGGGAGUCCUCGAAUGCCAGGGGCUUGUGAAGCCCGACGAAAUGGAUCGGUUCAUGAAUACCAUGCUUCGCGCAAGAAUAUCCCGUCGAGUUAUUGCAGAGCAACAUCUUGCUCUCACCGAAACCUUUAAUUCCCCAUGGCACUUCCCACAAUCCGUGGCUAGGACCGAUCUCAAUGCAGACUUUGUAGGAGAAGUCUUUCUCAAGUGCAACGCAAAGGACGUUGUGGAAGGAUGCGGGAAAGUUGCCCAGGAGCUACUGCGACGGAGUUCAGGGUCAACUAAAAUCCCUGCAGUUCGCGUACAGGGACAUCUCACGGCGACCUUCCCUUACAUUAUUGGACAUCUAGAGUACAUUAUCGGCGAACUCCUUCGAAAUUCCAUACAGGCUGUUAUCGAGAAAUACCACGACAGUCCAAACGAUCCCCCUCCAAUUGAGGUACUUAUCUGCGAGGCCCCUCAGCAUGUGAUUUUACGCAUAUCAGAUCAGGGCGGGGGUGUUCCCAGAGAUGUCCUUCCAUAUUUAUGGUCCUUCAGCAAGGGACCACGCACCCAGGAUCGCCUUGAAAAUUUAGGUCAGGUUCCAACCAUGGCUGCUACAAUGCAAGAGCUUGUGGUUCCUAUGGACAGGAAACCCCAAAACCGAGAGACAUUCCAAGAAGGUUCUUUGUCGAGUCUGAGCUCACGGCCACCGAAUCUUCGCUUAGGAAUGGGACUGCCGAUGAGCAGAGUAUACGCAGAAUACUGGGCAGGGAGUUUAGAGCUUCAUAGUCUAGAAGGAUAUGGUGUCGACGCUUUUCUUCAGAUUUCCAAGCUUGGAAACAAGAACGAACAGGUUACGGCGAGAGCGUCUGUGGAUGCAGUCUGAAACUACUACUUGGUUCUUGAUCUAUGUCAAUGCUUAUGUACUCAUUCACUGCAUAAUCGACCACGAACUCAGUCAUGCAUAACAUCAAAAACGCAGCCUUCAUGACCCGCCUCACGCACAUCUGUGUAGACCAUGUCGAGUAUUAUGAUUAUCCUCACGAAUGGCGUAGCCUGUCGACUGGACUUGUUGGUUGCUUAGGCUGGCUUUUUGAAAUACUCUGAUUUAUGGCCAUUUCAACGAUUAUAGCUUGUGAGAACACAAUCCUGUGUCGUAAUCAAUUGAAAGUAAACUAUAACAUGGGAUUAAA